AUGGGAGCUGGAAGAUGCUGCUUUUGCACUAGUACAAAAUUGGCUUCAAAUCCAAUUAUAGCAAGACGACAAGAAACAAAUGCAAAUACAACUCAAACUCAAGUCACCCAAGUCCAUGGUUCUCAACGGACAAAUAACCUACCUCCUGUUCACCCAGGCAGUCGCCCUCCAACUAUACUAAAAGUUCUAAUAGACACAAAAGUCUCCCCUGACGACAUAAAAUCAGCUGAUUUUACCCCAGCCGCCACCCAGAAUAUCUCCUACCCUUAUACCUGUCCAAUAUGCUUCAAAUUUUAUUCCCACAUUCUUGUUACAAAGUGUUGCAAGAAUUAUAUCUGUCAUUUCUGCGCCAAACACCUACAAGCAAAAAUGGUCAAUUUUGAAAUAGCUUGCCCUCAUUGUAAGAGUAACCCUGUGGUUUUGACAGAUGUAGACUUAAAUGACCCAGUAAAAAAAUAUAGUGACUCUCCUUAUGGAACACAUAGGAGCACAAAUGACCGAAAUAAAUGGGUACCGAUACUACAAAUGGUUCGUGAAGACUCAUCAGAUACAGAACCUGCUGACGAGCUGAGAACUUUAAGCUUUACAAGGGAGUUUACUGAAGCAGAAGAAUUUUUGAGUAAAAGUUGCUCAAGAAGUGUAUAA